GGCUGAAGACGGGCCGCGGCAGUGGAACGAGCGGAGGAGCCCGAAGAGGGGCAGAGCAGAGGGAGAGAGCAGCCCCUGGUGUUCGGGGUGGGCUCCGGGCCCUGCUCGUCGUCCUCUGUUCUCACCCUGAGUCAGUGAAUCAUCUCGACAUUUAUUUUACCCCCGAUAUGGCCUUGCAGGCAAAAACAAUAUUUCGACACUGAAAUCCCUGUAAUCAAGUCUCACAUUCCUUUAUUUUCCUAAAUAUGAUUAGGAAGCAUGUACUUAACCCGUGUGCUCACGUCAGGGUUAUUCACUCCCGAUUUCUGUCACUUCCCUCACACUGCCAGAAACUCAGCAGGAGGCAGAGCUGUGGAAGUAAGAACAGACAGACUAAACAAAUGGAAAAAAUCACUCAUCUGGAAGCUCUGAUGUUUAGUGCUGUGCUGGAGAACUGUGUGGAUCAACUUGCAAUUAUUGGAUAUAUCAUGCCAGUUCCACACGAUGACAAGACAGACAUCAACCAUGAAAUGAAAGAAAUGGUCCAGAAGGAACUGGAUAAUAAACCCUCAGAAUUUAUGUCAGCAAAGCAAGAGAGUGGGGAAACAGCUACCUCCACGACCCUGCAAAACACCGAACACAAGCAGCAGCAGGAGGAAACUGAAGAUCAAAAAAGCACUCGCCAUUUUUCCAAAAGGCCCAAGAAACGCACCACUCGGGCUGCACAGAGGCUCAAAAAAGUUUAUGCUGACAGGCAGUAUGCAAGUAAUGUAAUUACACUCACUAUUAAAAAGAUGGAGGAACUGGGAACAUUUAGUAGCCUAACAGAUGCUAAUGAGAGAGAGAAGGCAAAAAAGAACAAGUUUUUUGACAUCCUUAUCAGGGAGGAAAAAGGAAAGAAGGAGAUAAAGGCACUCCAGAAACAGCUGCAAGAUGUCAAGAAACAAACUGAUAAUGACCUUCAGAACCGAGAUAAGGUUAUUGAUCACCUCAAGGAUAAGCUUCAAGAGACGACAGCCAAACUGAACACAGAGAGUAACUACAUGAAGAAAAACACGGAUCUCCAGAUCCAACUGACCCAGAAAAAGUGCAGCAGUGCAGAGGAUGCCCUGGAGAAGGAAAUCCAGAAUUUGAGGAGCAAAAUUGAUGAGGAGAUUCACCUCCACAUGGAGACUGAUAAUUUCCUCACACAACAGUAUGAGAAGGUGAAAGAGAAACUGGAAUACUGGAUGGAGAAGUAUAAAAAAGACACUGCUGCAAAAGAUGAAGAACUGGAUGAUCUAAGGGCAUUGAAGGCAGAGAACUUGGAAACGAUGCAGAGAUUUGCCAAGGAGUGCCUGAUGUUCCAGGCAACCAUCAUCAUUGACCGGACAGAAAAGGAGGACAAGAGAAAACAAAGAGAGCGGGAAGCCCUGGAGCUGAAGAGUGCUGUGAAGGUGCAGGCGUGGUGGAAAGGUACAAUGGUCCGCAGAUUCCUUGGCCGCUACAAGGAGCUUGAGAAAUAUUUGAAGGGACAGUUACCAGAGAAACAAACAGGCAAGGAAAAAUCUAGAAAAAAGAAAUAAUAAAGUGGCCACAGAUAUGCUCCAGGACUGUUGCUGGGCAGGGCAUUGUGGUACGUCUGACAGGACAAAAUAAACCAUGUAACAGA